UAGUCUAGAUUCUAGAUGUAAUUAAUUAGUUUUUUUAAAUGUAGACCUAGGCUAGAUUAUAGUUAUAUUAUAGUAGAUUCUAUACCGUUUUGUGUUACGCUUUUAAAACUAGUCUAGAUCUAGUUUUAUUUCAAAGAUAAGAAUGGCAUUUACAUCAGUCCAUCUUGAAGUAAUUCACUCUUUAAUCAAUGCUGUCGAGAAAGUGAUGAAUCCACUUGCAACAAAUGAAGAGCGCCAAAUAGCACAUAAGAUUUGCGAGGAAUUCAAAGAAACUUCCAAACAGAGUUUCCAAUAUGGACUCCAUUUAGCAGAGAAGAAUAAUUCUUCAUUUGUUCGACAUUUUGGCUUGCAAGUAGUUGAGCACUUCAUCAAGUAUCGGUGGCAAGAAGCUAGUCCAGCAGACAAGUCAGACUUAAAGAUAAAUGUAUUCAAAUUAGUAGAUCAGGGCACCAAGGACAUCCUGGAGGAAGAACAGCACAUCAAAGAUGGUGUUUCUAGAAUAUUAGUUGAAUUAAUGAAAAGAGAGUGGCCUCAGCUGUGGGAAAAUCUUUUUACAGAUUUCACUGUCCUCUGUCGAAACGGGGAAACACAGACUGAGUUAGUUCUGCUGACGCUGCUCCGCUUGACAGAGGAUGUGGUCAGAUUCCAGAACCUUCCUCAUGCCAGACGGCGAGAGCUAUUGCAGGCACUUACCAGCGCAAUGUCGUCAAUUUCAUCUUUCUUCAUGUUCACUCUCAAUGCACAUCUGGACAAAUACAAAUCAAAAACAGGCAUUGAAGCUGAGAAGUCCUGUAAGAUAUGUCUGUGUGUCCUUGACACCCUAACAGCCUUUGUUGACUGGAUUAACAUCACUCACAUCAUUGAGGCCAAUCUGCUUCCACGCCUGAGUUCUCUGCUCUUGGAUAAGAACUUGUGUCUCCGAGCCUCUGAAUGCUUACUUUUGAUUGUUGGACGAAAGGGGAAAAUCUCAGAGAGAAAGCCAAUAAUGGUUUUAUUUAGUCAAGAAGCCAUGACAGUAUUGUUACAAGCUGCUAACAAUGCCACUGAACACAUCACAGAGUCAACCAACUACAUAUUUUUAAAACGUUUGUGUGAGAUUCUACUGGAGAUUGGCAAACAGUUGUGCUACUUAUGGGGGUCUUCAGAAGAUACCGGACAACCUCCAAAUUUUGAGAUGUAUCUCAAGGCAUUGUUAGCAUUUACCCAGCACCCAAGUCAGAGUCUUCGUCAGAUGAUCUACACCAUGUGGUUGAUAUUUCUACGUCAUCCGAUAGCGUCCAAAGACCCAGUCUUUCAGUCAGUGCUGCCAAUGUUGAUUCAGUGUGGGACUGUUUGCCUACAUAAAGUUGGUUUUCCUAGUCACUCCAACUCAGUGAGCUGUGACUACUCCAGGCUUGAGUUUGAUACAGACGAGGAGUUCAAUGCUGUCCUUUCCUGUCUGAGAGUCUCAGUGGUAGAAUCGAUUCGUACUCUGACUUUGAUGGUUCCCAAGUUGACAUUUUCUGUGGCCUCAGCUUGGUUGACAGAGCUGCUGAAUAAACCAAUUGAUAUAGGAACAGGAGCAGAUGCUGACAGGGGCAUAUGUAACCUGAGCUCUCCUUCAUUCAUAUCUUGGGAUGCCUGCAGUGUGUUCUUGGAGGCUGUCAUGUCUAAACUCUUUGUUGGGGAUGGCGAUAAGUCAUUUGUACAGGAAGGAAUAGAUCUACUGCAUAAAGCACUGGCCUACCAGAUGCAGGACCCGUUAAUCCUGUCAGCAGUGUUGUCCUGCCUCUCAGGCUUGUUUCCCUUUUUAAAUUAUACACCGCAGACACUUCCCCAAGUCUUAGAAAAGAUCUUUGGAGCAGUGGUCUUCAAUCUGCCUGGACAGACCAAGUCCACCAGAUCUCAGGCUGUGAAGAACGUACGAGUUCAUGCCUGCUCUGUUCUGGUCAAGAUUUGCAAAAACUAUCCUGGCCUUUUGUUGCCUGAGUUCCGUCACUUGUAUGACAGCGUGAAACAGCUAGAUAGUGACAGAGAGCAGCUAAGUCAAAUGGAAAAAAUUAUACUAAUAGAAGCACUUAUAAUUGUCAGCAAUCAGUUCCAUGACUUUGCUAGACAGGCGGCAUUCAUUGAGGAAGUUAUUGCACCGGUCAAGGAGUUGUGGUCAUCAGAAGAUUUUAAUAAGGCUUUCAGUUCACCCGAGUACUUCAUGGACUAUGUUGGUUUGAACAAGGCAGCAGUGGAGCCCAGUAGCGCUGAUACUUGUGGUAUUAACAGAUCUCAUAUAACAUACUGCAUAAACACAAUCUUGGCUGUUAUUAAACGAAGCCAGUGGCCAGAAGACUAUAAUGUCGCUCAACGUGGAGGCUUCAUUAUUGGUGGUGAGGGCUGCAGUGUAUUGAGGAAUCCAGCCACACCUUAUAUAAGUCCUCUCCUGAACAACCUCAUGACUUUGCUCAAGACAACAUGCAGUCUUUUCAAACCAGAGUAUCUUCAUCUGCGACAUAUAGAUUUUGUAAGAGCUUAUGAUCUUACAGAGCACGACAAAUUGAAUAUUUUAGGUAUACCUCCAGUAAGUGUAGAUAAUUCAGAUUCUCUUGUCUACAGACAUCCUUUAGAAAGAAUGCAAAUUUUCAUCUCCACUGUUUUUGACUAUGGGUUUCACAUCUUGGGCAAUGCUAGCCAGUGUCUUGGUGCGGAGUUCUACUGUGUGCCUGGACUUUCCAAGGUUAUCAUAGAGAACCUGAUCGUCAACUUUAAACUGUUGCCAGAUUUCAGGGCCAAGACAUUUAUAAGAAAUUUCAUCAAGCCAUUCAUUCAAUGUUGUCCUAAAGGACAAUGUUCUACUGUAGUCCUACCAGUACUGUAUAUUCUAACUUCAGAUAUAUUACAGAGGCUGUCUGAGAGAUGGCUCAUCAUAAACAAAAGAGUAGAAGAAGAGGCGCAGAGUGAGGAGCAGAGUGACCCCGAGUCUCAGGAGAUCCUUGAGGAACAUGUCGUUCGCCAACUCACUAGAGAAUACCUUGAGCUGUUAGUUUUAGUACUGACUGGCAAGAGUGUUAACUCUGAUGUGAAAGAAGAGAUGGCCAUGGAAGACGGGGAUGUGGGAAAACAAACUGGGAGUAAUCCCCCUUUCAAGGAACUCAGUGAGCUUGGUGUCAUGGUGGUGGGAACCAAGGAGCUGUUCCCGUCAAUCAUCAUGUGUAUUAUCAAUGGCUUCUCAUGGGCAGACACCACAGUAUGUCACAGGUGUACUCAGAUGUUGUGGCCAGUAGUCAAACAGAUUGUGGCCAACAAUGACAUGUCAGAAGAGGCAGCCAGUCAUAUCUUUGUGGCUAUCUUGACUGGACUACAGCUUCAUGGAGAACAUGAGAGUACACAGUCCUGUUUGCUAACACUGUCUUUUUUCUAUUACGAAACUUUGAGACAAAAGUUUCCCAGUCUGACUCAGGUCUUACACAAGAUUCCAGACGUGAAUGUCAACUUGAUCAAGAACCUGGAAGUGGAACUCUCCUCAAGGACAGGACAAGAAAAGAAAAAAAAAGAUUGCUUCAAGAAGAUUGUUUCCAGCAUUAUUGGGAGAAGUGUCUCUGAUCGGUUCAGGAGGUCUGUGCAGUACAGCAAUUUGCCGCAGCUGUUUCUUUCAACCCGGAGACCAAAGACAAUUCAGUUGGAUGAAGUGGAGUCUGAAAAUAUGGGACUAUGUGAGCUCUUUAAUACAAAUUCUGAAGUUCAUUAGUUCAGUGAAAGUUCUGAUUGGUGGCUAAUGCUUUAAGAUGGUACUAAUCUUGGGAUGGUACUCAUCUUGGGAUGUUGUGAUGGCAUUCAUCUUGAUGUUGUGAUGGCAUAUUGUACCGUUGUUUCUCUAUCAGGAUUGUAUCAUUGUGUCUGUAGUCACGUGGAGUUGAAGAGGCGGGGGAAACAAUCUCAACAAAAUAUGUAUGUCAGUGUGUGUACUUUGAUGUUGUUCUGUCUUGACAUUUUUGUUUAUCUGAACUGAUGUUGUUGUUUUAAAUAAGAAAUCCUGACAUCAUCUGAGUUUUUCUUGGUUAUUUUUUACAGCGAUGUGAAGGUGUUUUAAGAUGAUAUGCGUAUAAUGCAGACUGGUGUUUAUAUGAAGCAGUUUGUUUUAAGAAAUAUAAAUUUGUUUCUGUUAGUUAAUUAUGUAAUACAUCUUGCUCUAUUCAAACAAUUUUUUAAGCUGAACUGAAGCUUUAAGUAUCAAAUACUCUUUGUAUUUUUUUUAAUAUAUCAACAGAAUUAUUGUGUGUCACCCAGCCAUCUUUGGUUCUAGUCAGGAUUAGAAUGAUCUUGCAAUUUGUUAUUUUAUAAAUAAUAUAUGACUGAUGAUUGAGAUUAUGAGUUCACUUGGCUAAUGGACAUUUCCCUUUACUUUUGAUUUGUGGAGUUUUAUGAAUAUGUAGUAUGUGAGUAUAGAUUGAGUCUAGUUAGUUUUUUUAUUGUCCAUAUUUCAAAUUGGCGAGGCCAUCAUCAACUAGUCUGAUGAGAGAGACUAAGCCAGAACACGAGGCUCAGGCCACUCAAUAAUAAAUAAUCAAACAAAUGUAUUGUUUUAAAUCUAACUCCUCAGUGUUCAAUAUUUAUUAUGCUUCUCUCAAACGUUCAUUUAAUAUUCAUCUUAUCUCCCCUAUCAGCAUCCAGUCCUAGGAUUCGAUGCAUAAUUAUUUUAUUCAUGUGUGGAUGAUAAUGUAGCUGAGAUCUUAUAAUAAGUGUUUAAUAUUUAUUAUGCUUAUCUCUCAAAUGUUCAUUUAAUAUUCAUCUUAUCUCCAAUAUCAGCAUCCAAUCCUAGGCUUAUAUUCAUAAUUAUUUUAUUAAUGAGUGGAUGAUAAUGUAGCUGAGAUCAUAUAAUAAGUGUUUAAUAUUUAUUAUGCUUAUAUCUCAAAUGUUCAUUUAAUAUUCAUCUUAUCUCCAAUAUCAGCAUCCAAUCCUAGGCUCAGAUUCAUAAUUAUUUUAUUCAUGUGUGGAUGAUUAUGUAGCUGAGAUCAUUUAAUAAGUAAGAUGGCUGGGAGAGUUUGAAAAUCAAACACUAUGAAUACAGAAUGUCCUGGAUUUCAAUCUGUGUACAUAGUAAUCAGAUUUCUUUUUUUUUAAUAUUUUUUUUUAACAAAAUAUUCACUAGACAUUGUUUUAAAUGUCAUGUUUGAAUUUCUGACACUUUGGUUAAAGUACCAAACAGUUAACAUGGAAACAAAGUUUAUUUGAAAUAGAGAAGCUCUCCCUGAUUGAAUCUGAUGACUUGAAGUGAGAGCAAUUACUUUGCUUUUAAUUGCUAAUGAAUUGUAGAUGAUACAGAAAUGAACAGAAGACUGUAGUCUUGACUAGAAUACUCGAUCUAGAUUGAGACAUGAUGUAGAAGCUAUUUUUGGUGAUAUGGUAUUGAUGUUGUGAAACGAAAAAUUGUGUAAGUGUUACACACAUAGGACAUAAGGUCUCUUUGUUUACUGCAUAGGAAUAUCUUUCACUGAUGUGUGUUCAAGAUAUAGAUCUCUAGACCAAAUUUAAUUUUUAAGAUGAUUAUAUUUUGAAAAAUGAUACCGGUCAAACCAGAGUUUUCCCUGUGUGGCCAGUUAGCUAGUAAUUUUUUCCCCACAAUGUCAGAUUUCAAGGAUCUUGAUCCAGGUAGAGUUUGUAAGCUAAUAAGAGAAUUAUAAAAAUGUUUUUAAAAAAAUUAUUCAUUUGGACAACUUUUUAUUAUCCUAUUGAGUUGAAAUUUCGCACUUAAAAUCAUGCAUUGUGGCAAAACAUUUUAAAAUUACAGACUGAUCACUUUAUUAAUUAUUGAAUUUAUUAAUUUUUUAAAUUUGCCAUUAAACCCCAGUGUCUCAUCUAUGGAACUAACAAUUAUAUUUUUCCUAUUAGUGAGAAUUAUUAUUCAAUCUUGCAUAUGGCUGCCCCCAUGUUUAGUUGACUAUAUUAUUUUAACAUUACAAUAUAGUAGGCAUUUAAAAAAUUAUCAUUCUUUUAAAUUACCGGUACUUGCUAUGGAAAAAAAAUAAUUACAAAGCUGUUUGAUGUAUCUGAUUCAAGGAGUGAAAAGGGAAAUGUUUAUGUUAUUAAAUAUCACAACUGAUGUGUUUAUGGAUAAGAUUUUUGCUAGGUCAACCAGUAGGUCAUAGAUUUAUUUAGCCAAGAGUCUAAUUUUACCAUAUUUUGUCAUUCAGUAUGACUCAGCUUUGAGGUAAGUAAUUGAGUUACUGGCCCUUGUUCUAUAUGUUCUUUUACCCAUUUUUUUUGGUUGCAUUGUAUUCUCAGUUGAACAAUUUCUGUUGUCCGGUUGUAACAUGUUUCCAACUGCUGUUUGACUCUAACCAAAGCAAUAUUGAAAGAGUUUAGAAGUUAAGAAAAAUAGAGUGGAACCAAAGCCAAGUGGUAUAAAAUCAAUGUUUAGUGAUAGAGAAUACAUUUCAAGAAAGUGAUAUUGGAUGCGUGGUCGAGAGGCUAAGUGCGCUUGAACUUGGCUUGUCUUGGCUACCUAGAAGGGGGCUCGAGGUUCGACACCCGACUCGGGCAGAGUUGUGUUUGCUGAGCGCCUAAAGGCAGCACGGAAAACCAACUCUUAGAUACCCCCCCCCCCCCCCCCCAACCAGUCCACAAAUGAGAUUGGACCAAAGCGCUCUGAGCAUGGUAUAAGCAUGAAAGUAGCGCUAUAUAAAAGCUAUAAUAAUAAUAAUAAUAAUAAUCAUCAUUACUGAAUCCUAGUGAGAAAAUACUUUGUACAUUUUUUUCCAUGUUGAAUUUGAUUGUUGGUUAAUGGCUUUAAAUUUUAUGUUCUGGUGCUCAACAUUUCCUUAAAGAAGUAAUUUUAGCACCACUCUUUUGUUACUUCAACAAAUCAUAAUAUAAUCUGUGCAUAUUAUAUGUGUUGGCAUAGAAGUUGUCAGAUCAUUGGCCCAGCAGCUUGUAACUGUUAAAACUGUUUGUAUAGGUCAUGUCAUGACCAUUAGACAGUAGCAUCCCAUUACCAUUGUACCAUCUUUGUAACACUUCCUGGCCAUUAGAUGGUGGUUCAUUUUUUUUGUAAAUCUCUGCCUUGCUGUCUCCUUCUUGCUAUUGACAAGGUAUAAUUGAAACAAAAUAUACAAAAUGUAAUUCAUCUUCAUGACAUCUCUUUCAUUGGGUGGCCAGCAAUCCCUUCAAGAACUAAAAUCUGAUGCAACCCUCCCAUGCCGGUUAAUGCUGCACUCAAAAGUGAUUUUAGGUCAUCUUUGACUCGUGAAGUUAUUUUUCUGGGUGCUUCUAAGUUGAAUCAGAUAGUGGAACACCUGUUAUAGAUUCUAUGCUAAAAGUUUUGUAAAAGCUAAUGAGGCAGAUACUGGAUAGUUGGUAACUGAUUUUUUUGGCAGCUUACACGAAGUUGAAAUCAAUGGUAUUUUUGUGACUCUGUAUCUUAAGUGAAUUAAGAGCAGCAUCUGUCUUCUAUCUGUCCUUAAAUAUGUGCAAGCAAAGCUUACAGUCAGUUUAGGCUGAUUUGGGUCAUUAAUGAUAUGGCAGUGUCAGAAACAUUGUAGAGAAUGCUGACAGCCAUGUAACUAACAAUCGUAAAUCUGAAUUGAAGGAGAUUCUGUUCUUUCUUUUUCUGAAAACUUGAAAUGUUCAUAUGAAUUUUAAAAAACCAGAGCUUCUUCAACGUAAUCUGUACCUCUAUAACAAUUCUAAUUAAACAAAUGUAAACACUUAAAAGUUGUCUCCAUAUUUUCUUAUACAUUCAUUUCAAAGUUUUGUUCUAUCAUUCACUACAUUGCCAUUAUAUAUGCCUUCAUUGACAAAAUGUUUUUAAUAUGAAAUCAAUUUAUUUUUUUGUGUGUAUUUCCAGGUCAGUGUUGUUAAUUAGGGCCUGACAUUGUAAACAAACAUAUAGAACAGUUCCACUGGUUUAAUUCUAAAACAUUGAUUUAUAGAGAAGAAACAAAAGUUUAUCAACAACCAUAUUUUGUGAUGUGUUUAUGAUAUACAUUAUAUUGUAAAUGUAAGGUUCGGUACUUCUUUAAUUUCACAAGUGCCAGUCUACAAAUGAAUGUGUAACAUCCUAAUUAUUUACUUGUACAUUCAGUUUCCAAGUUGUCUUGUAUUGCCAUCAUGUGUCAGAAGUUACAGGUUGAACAUCUUAAUGUAAUAAACAUCUUUGAUGAAAACAAAA